UUUAUUUUCCGAGACGAGAUUUGUAAUUGCAAACAAGUUCCGGGAGUGUUUAAAUACAAUAUGGAGUGAUCUGUCGCGAACUGUUGUUGAUCGGCAUUCGCGAUCGCGAUUAACAGCCUAACACGUGAGUAUCGACUCGUCAACUUUCGCCUCACCGGAGUUGACUUAGAAAGGCGUGAAUUUACCCACAAGCGCGCGAAGUUGUCGCAAGACCGUUCAGAUUGUCGCAGGUCGUGGUUGUUAUAUGGCGCGCGUAACCGUACGUUGUACAGUGUCUUUCGUGCGUGUAUAAUUUUCGCGUCACUCACAUCUUAAACGAUGUCGGAUUAUCGGGAGUGCCGUGAUAAAGAUGUAGUUUUGAUUAAUUAUCGGGCGUGAGUGUAAUUAACAGUGAGUGUAACCUGUUGAUUGUGUUAUACGUGCAAACAAGUGGAUGGGUCAAUAAUGGAGUCGAUCGCGGAUAAAACAGGUUGUUAAAAUUGUUGAUGUCAUCUCUCCCGAAUUGAGCACCAGGCAAUGGCCAGUCACUGACCAAUUAUACGUAGUAUACAAUCCUAUGCCUUUAUUAGAUGUUCACUAGACAUCUAAUAAACGUUACGUUUACGUGGAAAAGAACACUGACUAGAGAAUUAAAUAACGCAAUGCCGAAUUAUCGCUAUACAAGAGACAACAUCCGUCUUACUACGGCUCAAAGGAACUUUUACGAAGACAAUGGAUAUUUGGUAUUUCCCAACCUCGUGCCGCAAGAUUUGCUCGAUAAAUUCCACAAAAGAUUUGACGAUAUUGUCGCGGGUCGAGCUCCGCGAAAUGGAUUAAUAGUUAUGCGCGAUGUGAAGGACAAGAAAUCGGUGAAUAAGAUACAGGAUCUGCAAUUCGACCCGGUAUUUCUUGAGUAUCUCAAGUACGAAAAGAUCCUCGACAUAGUCGAGUGCUUCACAGGACCGAAUAUUCUAGCGAUACACAAUAUGCUGAUCGCGAAACCACCCGACGUUGGAUAUGGCACUUCGAGACAUCCUCCGCAUCAAGAUCUGUAUUACUUCCCGUUUCGUCCCGCCAACAAGAUAGUGGCUUCUUGGACAGCCAUGGAACUCUGCGACACGGAAAACGGAUGUCUCUAUGUGGCACCUGGAUCGCACAAAUACGAGCACUUGUUUAAACAUGGUUAUCCUACAGAUGGAGUGGUGAACAAAUUUUACCACGGCAUACAAAACUUGCCGCAAGUUCACUGGGUGAACCUAGAGAUGCAACCUGGCGACACGGUGUUCUUCCAUCCGUUGCUCAUACACGGAUCCGGCGUCAACAAGUCUAACAGAACUAGACGAGCAAUUUCCUGCCACUACGCGACAGCGGACGCAACCAUGAUCGAGACCGAUGAGGUCAUGGACACCAUUAAGAAUGAAAUUCUGGAGUAUGCAAAGAAAAAAUAUCCCAAUGUGGAUAUGAAAUAUACGGAUAUAUGGCGCUUCAAAAGCUUGCUUGUGCGCGGUCUUAGAUCUUCUUUCUGAGCAUUAUCAAUCUAUCUAACUACA